UUUAUCAGAAUUUAUAUAGAAUAUUAUAUAGAAUUAUUAAUACAACAUGAAAUGUCUGAAGAAGUGUAUCGACCCGAAACGUCACCCAUACCUUAUCUCCAGAGAUGCUGCCUGUCCCGCUGAGUUACUCCAGUUUUUUGUGUCUAUCCUGGGUCCAAACCAGCAUCUGCAGUUCCGUCUUGCAUAUGAAAUGCCUGUGAUUAUAUAUUAAGUCUAUUGAUAUUAUUCUUAGUGGUGUUUAUAUGUACAUGGAUGAGAAUGGCUGCAGACUAUUGUAACCUGUAAUUUUUACAGGUGGCCAAACUGUCACACCUUGUUGACUCACCUGGGUCAUUGUCGUGUGCAGCAGCAAGACAAUGGUGUUGAUUUUAUUUGAAGCGAUGAAAUAUGAAUCUGGUACACUGCCAGUUCUGGAGAUGACUGGGUCCAAGUUUGUAUUGGAAUGUCAGUGAUCUGUGCUGUAGCUCCUCCUUGGCUAGCUCUCUCCCGGGAGGGUCAAAGUGUGCUUGGCAACUGCCGCUAUCAAGUGAUAGAUCGGUGAGGUUCUAAUGCAUUACAUUUUUAUACACCGGAGGAAUUGGACAGAGCUCUUAAGAGAGGCCGCUGCAGCCUUGAUCGCAAGAGCAAAGAUUCCAGUGUGCUGCACUCGUCCUCUGGUGUACUUACGAACGUUUCCUUUUGGCAGAGAAUUGUUGGGGAGGGAGGAGCAAUGCCUGGAGGGGCCAUUUGAAUUCUGCGGCAAAUUGGGCUGUGAUUCUGAAGUAGCAUCAUAUUGCAGUGGUUGUGUCUGAGGCUCCGGUCUGGAUUCUUCUGUGGUUUAAAGCUUCACCAAGGAAAGCUGAGAGACUUAUUUUUCAAAUGUUGUGGGUUUCUAGUUUUUUGGGGGGUUUUUAAUCGGUCUCUCCCUUUGACAAAUGCUGAAUUAUGGAGUUACAAUGCUGAUAUUUUGCGAGGCUAAAAUUAGCCUCAUUUCCACAAAAGGUUUUUUUGUCUUCUCAACAUCACGGGCUUGACUCGACUGAGCCACAUGUGAGGGAGCACUGGAGACUAAUGAAGCAGAAAAUAUAUGCAUAUGUUUACUUUCAACAGAAGAAAGACAGGUGACAUGUCCCCCUCUUUGUUUUCCAGUCAAUGGCACAGCCUAUUCAUCCCAGCAUUUUUCUUUAUUUCUUAAGAAGCUGAAAGCAUGGCAACUGCUUGGGGAUAGCUCUGUUCAUCUCGUGUUCCUGCUUUGAGGGUGGUGACUGUUUGCUGGAUUUGUAGGGAAAUUGCAAUGCUGAUAAUACUGAGCCGAGGCUGUUUGCUCAGAUAGUAAAUGAGUGAGGCAGAAGACAGACACUGCAACAGCAACUGAGCCAAGAAUGACAUCUGCUUGGUCUGUGCAGAACAGAAGUAUGAACUCUUCCUUGGAUGGAAACAAUACCAGCCGACUAUUUUGCCUUUUGGGAUUCAGUUACUACGAAACAGUUAACAUUUGCCUCCUGGAAAUAAUCGUCAUUGUUUUCCUCACUGUGUUAAUAAUUUCAGGUAAUCUUAUUGUUAUAUUAGUCUUUCAUUGUGCGCCCCUUUUGAAUCACCAUACUACAAGUUAUUUCAUUCAGACCAUGGCAUUCGCUGAUCUUUUUGUUGGCAUCAGUUGCCUGGUUCCUUCUUUGUCUCUUCUUCACUACCCGACAGGCUCUCAUGAAUCUUUAACAUGCAAAUUGUUUGGAUAUAUUGUGUCCGUUCUGAAAAGUGUUUCGAUGACCUCUCUGGCCUGCAUCAGCGUUGAUCGAUACAUUGCGAUUACCAAGCCGCUGUCGUACAAUCAGCUGGUCACCCCGUGGAGGUUGCGUGUUUGCAUUGUAAUGAUCUGGACGUACUCCUGCAUUAUCUUCCUUCCUUCUUUCUUUGGCUGGGGAAAGCCUGGCUACCACGGGGAUAUAUUUGAAUGGUGUACAAAUUCCUGGGAGACAAACGUUUACUUUGCAGGAUUCAUUGUGGUUUUGCUGUACGCCCCUUCUGCCCUUGUGGUCUGUUUUACCUAUUUCAACAUAUUCAGAAUAUGCCAGCAACACACUAAAGAAAUCAAUGAAAGACGUGCUCGAUUUAGUCCCCAAGAAGGGGCAUCAACCGAAAACUCGCACAGCUCUGAGAGACAUUAUGCUAUGGUUCUAUUUCGGAUCACCAGCGUCUUUUACAUCCUUUGGCUUCCGUACAUCAUUUAUUUCCUCCUUGAAAGCUCGCACAUUUAUAACAGUCCGGUGGUAUCUUUUCUGACCACCUGGCUUGCCAUUAGCAAUAGCUUCUGUAACUGUGUGAUUUACAGCCUUUCCAACAGUGUCUUUCAGAAGGGCCUCAAACGCCUCUUCGGUGCUGCCUGUGCUUCAUGUAUCUGGUAUGUGGAAAGCAGAAACCCUUCGAUGCCUGGAAGUAAAAGAUCCUCCAAUGACUGCAACGCUUGAGAAGUAUAAGCCGUGACAUUCAAUGCCCUGCUCAGUGCAUCACUUCAGUUCCACUGUAAUUUGAAUUUAUUGAACUGGGCUCUAGUUCGGUGGUGGUAUUGAGUCGCCCUCAGGCAACCUCUGGGUUUCUGUUACGAUCCAGUGAAUGCAUUGCCUUUCACAAGAUGUAUUCAAUAAUUAAAACGAAAAUUUAAACAGAAACUUGCUGCUCUGUUUUUACCUGUUCAUAAUUAUGUAUGAACUGUGUUUAUGAUUCCUUCGAGGGAAUUGAGAUAUUUAUGGGCCAAAUGUUUUAAUAUCUUAUUGCACUGUACAAGAACUUCCAGAAAAUACUUGUUUUCAUUGACUAUUAUUAAUGUACUGUCUGAUUUGUAAUUACCUGUGAAUGCAACAACCAUGUAAACCAUAAAUAAGCAACUUAACCCUAGAGGAUCCGAUCCAUUUUAACACAGUUUACCAGUGGAUGUAAAGCUGUUUGCAUUCUGCCAAAAUGUGUGUAUGAAGUUCCCUAUUAAACAUACGUAACGCAAAAUCUUUAAUAUUGUGCCGCAGUAUUAAGCAACUCAAAUGUAUGGUGAGCCAUACCUUUUGAGUUUUCAGUUUGAUAAUUCGAUUAAUUAAUUGGCGCAAGUCGGAAAUGGGUCAAAUCUUAAGAUGUUUAUUUAAAGAGUUUGACUGCUCUGUUUAUCAUGGAUGAAAUGUGUAUAGCAAAGGAUUAGGUUUUCAAAGUCAUGAACAUUUGAGGGGAAACUGUGGUUAGUUCAUAUAAUUGCUUUUCCAUAUGGAACACUUUGAUCUUUUUUUAUAUAAAAAAAGAACUCCCAGAAGCCUUUUUUCUCUCCAGAAUUUCUGGCCAAAAUUGAAAUAAUUCUUCAGACGUAUAAUUUGAUAUUACACUUCCCAUUCACGUCUUUGUAUCUAAUUAUGUAUUUUUUGGCAGUAUUAAUGAAUUAGUCUUGUUGAAAAUUAUGCAGUUAAAGCUGGGGUUAGCUCAAUGUACUAUCCAAAUCAUGAAUCAAGUUAUAAUCUGACAUUUUAAUAAAUAAAUGAUUUAAAAACAAAUUGCAGCCAUAUUGGGAGGCUAUUUUUCGUUGCCGUGCAAUGGAUGAUGAAAGUUAUUCCUUGUAUCCUGUAGGAAAUUAUAUUACUGUAUGCGGAGAAUUUGCCUUGUCACUGUAUUUCACAGAGCAAUUUGAACAGGGGGUCCUGAGCCCAAUUUUAGAGUUGUCGUUCUGAACUAAUUGCAGUAAUAAAAUGGCUGCUGUCACAUUGAAAAUUGUCGUCAGCCUUGCCCGCCACCCUUGAGGUGUGUAAAAUGGUUGCUGAGUCUCCUUCGAAUUGGUUGUAUUCCCAGUCUGUUCAAAUCAGAAAUAAGACAUUGACAAUCAGUCCGUCGCUCUAGUUUGUACUCGAGUUUAAUGACACCAUUAUAUAUUUUGGAGCCAUCCAGUAUGUAGUUCAGACAUUUUAAGCAGUCAAGUGGAGCAGAAUAAAAGAAAUGAUACUUCUAGACAGAUGUUUAAUAAAAGUCGGACAUCUGCAUUAUUGCGUCCUGGUAUUUUUUGCCUGUUUCUGAAAUGGUAAUUGUGAUUAUACACGGUUCUCAUCAUAACAAUAUUGGUACAGGGCAGUUCAAGCUGCUUUAUUUGUCCUGGAUAGUUAAUUUUACAACAAUGCCUAGAAAUUAUUGUAUAAGUAGGUCUCAAGAUGGCCUGGUUGCUUUCUCAUUUAUAAAGGAUGACAGUUUGGCACUUGUGAUGAAUGAUAUUAUUUGAAUGAUCCAUAUACACCUAUGUAUUUAGUUUUAGUGCAGACGUAAAGAUCAGUCUUGUUAAGAAAUCUAUGUGGAAAAGCAAAAAUGACUCUAUUAUGUAGAACCACCACAGUAAAAUAUCGGAACGGGAGCAAGCGCAAACUUUGGCGAAUAAUGAUUAGCCAUUUUGCAAACUGGGUUAGAACCUGUACGGCAUUAAUGUUGACUAAUUUCAUUGAAGUGUUCAUUUACUUGUUCAUUUGCAGCAUUUAGUGAGCAGUUGGCAGCACACGGACCUGAAAGAUCUACGUAGCUCUGUCUUUUAUCCCAAAAUUAAUACUUUGUUGAAAUUAUAUCUCAGAAAGAAUAAAACACUUUAGAAGUCUCUGUUAAAUGUAGAUAUUAGUGAAAGUGAGAUGGCAGUAUCCUGGAAACAGGUUGCAAAGAGGGAGCUGAGGGAAGGUUACACUGAUUGACUUUGCUUCAAAUCCAGUUAUCUGUACGUAGGUGAAGUUCUAAGCUGCCAGUGGUGGGCACUAAAUUAUGUAAUUAAUAAUCAGUACAUCAAUGCAGAUUGGCAUUUUCAAGCAAUUUAAAAUGUAUUAACUGUAAAUUUGGUUAUUUUGAAGUAUAGCAAUACCUUAUUUAGUGCUACCCUGUAAAGCACUGCCUUUCUUUGCCAUUCUUUCAUUUUGGAACCUAAUUUUUACAAAAAAAAUCAAAAAUAAUUAAAUCCAUAGUGAUAAUAAAAUGAGAUAUAUACAGUACUCAUAUGGAGUACUGUAUGUAUCUCAGGUAAAAAAUAACUUCAGGAUUGCAGCUCCAUUUAUGUUACUGUAUGUUAUAAUGACCUCGUAUAGUGCUGUUCCGUUUAAUGCUUCAUUUUCUAGGAAUGUAUCUAGAGGGCUAAUUACGGUAUUACUGUUUGGUACUAAGCUUCCUGGAUAUCCAAACUAAAAUGGGAGGUGCUAUGUUUACUCAGCAUGUCAGGCAGCGUCUGUGAAGAAACAUUUCAUGGUUCAGAUUGAUGUUUCGUUGCAUUACCAGAUUUUUGGAGUGCUUUGUAGCAACUGCAACUCCACCCACCCAACUGCUGAGCUGCAGGAAGAUAGUAAAAUGAGCAACUAUUCAUCAUUGUCGACAUCAGAUCAGCGUUGCCUUUGGGUCUUCAAAUGGAACUGUGCGGUGGCCCCUUUCUCUGCCCCUUCCCCUCUAUCUCCUCAAACAUUUAUCUUUUAUGGAUGCGACCAAUUACUUUUUCAAUUGUAUUGCCUCUUCUUUGAUCAUCUUCAUUGUAAAAUAUUCUCAUCUUAAAGACAGUUUAACAAUGGUGCAGCUGGUAGAGAGACCCAGGUUUGAUCAUGAUCAUGACCUCGGGAACUGUCUGUGUGAAGUUUGCAUGUUCGCCCUGUGACUGCUUAGAUUUCCUCCGGGUGCUCCGUUUUCUCCCAUAUCCCAAAGACAUGCAAGUUUGUAGGUUAACUGGCCUCUGUAAAUUGAUCCGAGUGAAUAGGGAGUAGAUGAUAAAGUGGGAUAACAUGGAAUCAUAGUGAACAGGUGAUCGAUGUUCGGCAUGGGCUGAAGGGCCUGUUACCCUGCUAUAUCUUUCAAUUGAUCAGUCUACUUCUUCCUUCAUUCUGCUAGGGAUCAUGUCAAAUUCCAGUUCAAAACAAUAAUUGCACAAUUCUGAAAUCCUCAUCCUAUUUCAAGGCAUAGAUAGAAUGGAUGUGGAUAGGAUGUUUCCAGUAGUGGGAGAGUCUAGGACCAGAGAGCACAGCGUCAGAAUAAAGGGACAUACCUUUAGUAUAGUAUAGAUGAGGAGGUAUUUCUUUAACCAGAGGGUGGAGAAUCGGUGGAAUUCAUUCAACGGCCAAGUCGGGUAUUUUUUAACCGGAGUUGAAUACCUUCUUAAAUAAUAAGCGUGUCAAAGGGGAGAAGGCAGGAGAAUGGGGAUGAAGGGAAAUUUUGAUCAGCCAUGAUCAAAUGGUGUGGCAGACUCGUGAAUGAAGGAUCUGCAAAUGCUGGUUUAAACCUAAGAUAGACACAAAAUGCUGGAGUAACUCAGUGGGACAAGCAGCAUCUCUAGUCUUCAGUCUGAAGAAGGGUCUCGACCCGAAACGUCACCCAUUCCUUCUCUCCAGCAUCUCUCCCGCUGAGUUACUCCAGCAUUUUGUAUCUAUCUUUGGUGGGCAGCCUUGAUGGGCUAAAUGGCCUAAUUCUAUUCAUGUCUUAUAAUCGGACGAUUUGUUUUGCGAGUUUUUUGGGGACUGGUGUUACGGGGAAUGCUGGCGGUAAAAUUAUUUUUAACCAGAUGGAUUAUACAGGUAGUGUUAAAGUCGUGCAUUUGCAGCAUCCAGUGUGCAGCUGGCAGGACACAGUGAACCUGAAAAACGUACACAGCUUUGCGUGGUUACUUUUGGAUUUCAAAUGUGCGGGGCUGGUGUUAUGGGGCAUGCUGAUGGUAAAACUAUUUUUAACCAGAUGGAUUAUACAUUAACAUUUGGGAGGAAUGCAUUUCUUGUCUCAAGCAAUUUGGACUAUUCAAAUUUGAGCAAAAACAAGUGCUUUGAUAUGAAAGUAAGCCAGUCCUAAACCCCAGAAUGUUUUCUCAGAAUCAAAAUCCAAGAGAAUUCUUGAAAUUGCCUUCAUGGUCAUGGUAGUUGGUUGAUUUUUUUUUUUUUCUCUACUGAAAAUAUAUUUUUUUGUGUAAUUUUGUACAGCUGAUUAACUCAUGAAAUAUUAAAACUAUUUUUCUCUCUAAUUCAUUAAUCCCCUGUAUCCAACCUACUGCAUAAAUUAAUGCUUUGCUCGAUAUACCCCAGUGGACAGAGUACAAGCAAACUAAUAUUUCCUUAAUUAGUACAAGCAUUUUAAUGAAUGUUUCCUUUACGGUGUCAUAAAAGGGUGAUACUCGGGUAAUGUUUUUCCAUAACUUCCCUAUCCGUGGGGCCUUUAGAAUAUUAACAGAAACUUCAUGAAAAUGUAUAUCAAUAAGCAUUGUACAAAUUCAGUCGUAGUUGUACGGCACGAAUGCAGGCCCUUCAGCCCAAGUCUGAAGAAGGGUCUCGACCCGAAACGUCACCCAUUCCUUCUCUCCAGUCCUGUCCCGCUCUGUUACACCAGCAUUUGGUGUCUCCCUUCAGCCCAACCUGUCUAUGCCAACCAAGGUGCCCCAUCUACACUAGACCCAUUUGCCCAUGGCCCUCUAAAUCUUUCCUGUCCAUGUACCUGUCGAAGUAUCUUUAAAAUGUUGUUAAAUUGCAUAGAUUAUACUACAUGUGUUGAUUAAAGAUAUAGAACAAGUGGCUGUAAUGGUAAAAUAUUCACAGUCAUCAUAUCACCUGGAACAAAUAAUCCAAAUGUAUAUUCCCAUGAGUUCCCAUACUGGCUAUUAAUUUAUUUAACUCACACCAUUAACAUUUCUGAUAGUUAAAGUAUUCCAGAAGCGUACCUCCCUCCACAACUAUUGACCCCAAUUUUCCUUUAUAUAUUUUCUUUUCUCUUGCUCUUCCCUGUUACCCUUACAUAUUUACAGUAUCAACAGUACAGCACAGAAACAAGCCCUUUGGCACACAAUGUCCGUGCCGAACAUGAUGCCAAGUUCAAGUAAUCUCCUGCAUCCUUACAUUCCCUGCAUGUAUUGAAAGCUCUUAAAUGUCACUAUCGUAUCUGCCUCCACCACCAACCUUGGUGGCAAGUUCCAGGCACUCGUCACCCUCUGUAAAAACAACACACGUGCUCCAUUUGCUCUUACUCUGCAGGUCAAGAGGCAUCCCUGGAGAACAUGGACGAGCAAUGUUUUUGGUUGGGUACCCUUUUCGGACUGAUUGAAGGGUCCUGUGCUGAAACAUCAUCUAUCCACAUUCUCCAGAGAUGCUGCCUGAUCUGCUGAGCUACUCCAGUACUUUGUGUCUUUCUUUUGAAAACAUUAAAUGGUUGGCCUUUGAUAUUAUUUUCCAGUAGCAUUUUUAAAUUAUUUUUUGUUGUUGAUAUUUUAAAAUAAGUAAAGCAGAAAUGGCUGCUGAAAACAAUUAACAUUCUGGAGUGGUUUGGUUUCAUUUGUGUUAGCGGGGGGUUUGAAAGCAGAUGUGAUAUAAAUGGUUUUGCUUUAGCUUUUAUCACUGACUUGAGGCACAAUACUUUAAUGCAAUUAUCAAUGACUGCUGAAAUAGAUUUCUAGCUUUUCUGCUAGGUAUUUUAUGAGUGCCAUUUCUUGCAUAAGAUUGCAGAUGUUGUUAUUGUAAAUGUCAGGGUAUUUUCUAAACGUAUGAAAUAUCAGAACAUAUACUGAUAUUAGUUUUCAUUUUGGUUUGCACUUGCUCACACUCAUUAAAAACUUGCCAUUGUCUAUUUGAAACAUCUCUUGGCCCAAUUGCAGCAUGCUUCUGUACGUUGAAUGUUGUGUGUUGUAUUAGACCCCAUUUUAUGUUGGGCUGUACGUGAGCUGGGAGAAAGGGCCUAAUGUUUUUCUGGCCAAAAUUUUGCAAAUGACAAAGUGGUAAUCGGUAUUUGGUCAUAUCUCUGAGAAAGUCACAGCAUCUCCUGUUUAUUUGCUUUUUGUUAUUGGCUUAGGAUAGGGGUUAGGUAUUGAUUAGUGGGGGUGUCAAGGGUUAUGAGAAGGCAGCAGGAGAAUGGGUUUGAGGGGGGAAGAUAGAUCAGCCAGAAUUGAAUGGCGAGUAGACUCUGGGCUGAAUGGUCCACUGCUGCUCCUCUGACUUGUGAACAUAUGAUAAAGAUUCUGAGGCAGUCUGUGUUCUUUAUUGUCUACCAGAAUCAAGGGUUGAAAUUGAAAUUUCCAGAAUUUUAAACUUCGUAAAAGCAAUUUUUGCCGUGAAAUACCCCAAAAAGCUUAACGUUUUAUUGCAUGUGGUCUAUUGUAUUUUAUUGUAUGUGUCGGUUCCAAUGAAAGGCUUUUUUUCUUCUCUGGAGGUACUUUACUGUCAUGAAUAGAUGACCCGUCUUGCCAUUAUCAUAUCUUGCCUGCACCAGGGAUUUGUUGACCAUCACGUUCUGGAAGUAUAUUUCAGUCUGGGGUCAAGUGUCUCCAGGCAAAAAGAAAUUUAGAAAGACUGUUAAAUAACUCCUGAGAUUCUUUUUCGGGUAUUGCGAGGCAAUAACUGCAUUUUUCCAGGCAAUAUAUUUUAACCUCUGGGCAUGAAUCAAUAUUUAAACUUUGUCCUGCAAGUGCUUCUUAUGAAAGGAUGUUGGGCCGUGUUUCUGUGGUGCUAAAUUUAGCCCACAUGUGCACCCUUCUAUUUACAGACCUCCUCAACAGUGCAAAAUCAGGGUGCACUAAACUAAACCUAACAUGCCAAAUGUGCAACCUUGUGAAUUAUUGAUAUUGUUAUUGUUUGUAGUACAAUAACUUGACAGUUGUGUUAAGUUUCUCUGGUGAAGGAGUUUGAUACCCGUAGAGAAAGAGAACCUAUCCUGACUGCUUUUUCAUAUUCAUGUAACACCUGUUAACGGUGUCAUCAGUGAAAUCGGAGUUAAUUGGAGACAAACUACUGCAUUGAGAGCCUAAUUGCACAGCUAGUUUGUUAAAAUGAUGCAAUGACAGGUUACUUUAUGCAGUUGUUCCUAGUUCAGGUCAAAUUUAAUGUCUCAGUAGGAUAAUCACUUAAAAAAUGCUGCCCACUUGAUUCUGGAAAGGAAUAGUUUCCAUGCCAACUUAAUAUUUUUGCACCAUCUGCAAACAUGUUUUUAAGUUUCAGAAGAAAAAACAUUAUUUGAUAAAGCAAUUGUGGAGAAAUAUUAAAACCACCAAACGUUUUAACAUGUACAUUUCCAAGAAACAUUAAGCAAGGUUUGGCGCAAACCCGAUCUGAGAGUGUUAAUGAAUGUUUUGUUCAGUUUUGUUCACCUGGCAACCAUUGCACCAUUGAUUGCUCAAUUUUGCAGUUAGAAUUGCAAAUCUGAUAAUUCUGUAGAAUUUAAUUGUCUUUUAAAGCACUUGGUCAAAUAAGAGGGGGUCGUUUUCUGGAGUGCCCCAUUAGCAUGUUUAACUUCAUCUUUGCUAUGUGUUGAUUUUAAUACAGUGAUUGAUGUCGGUGGUGCUACUUUGAAAGCACAGAUCUGUGAAUUGUCAUCCAAAUGCUUCCAACAUUCCUUGUUUAGAUGAUUGGAAUGUAGCCACAUUAAGAAUUAAAGCAAAAAGUGCAAAGGUGGUCAGGAAUCCAAUUGUUUACAUUUUAAAGUCAAUUCUGAAGUUUAAGGUUGAUAUUUCUGCUAAUUGAGUCUGACCGAUAACAGUGGUGUUGCGUUUCUGAAAGCUGGAUGAGCGAAUGUACUGUUCAUGCACACUUCACGUACGCACUAUUAAUGAUACUGAUCUAUGGAAAUUUUAAUUCAUUGCAGCAUAAUUGCUGGUGUGUGAAAGUUAUGGAGAAGUAACUUAUUGUAAAUUGAAAGUUUGCAUGUUGUAUUAUUUACUUUUACAGAAAAAGGGCUCAGAAAUUAUUAGUAUUGUCAUACUAAUAUCAUCAGUAUCAUCUGGUUCAAGAACAUUGGGACAAAAACCGUGGUAUUCACGAAAACUAUGCCAAUGUUAUCAUUAGUGUUUCCCUGCCAUAUUAGAUAUUAUAAUAAUUGUUAAUGUAUAAUUAUAGUGCUCUUUUCAGUGCCUUUUGUGAAAAACCUGGGAUAUUUUUGAGGGUUUUUUGCCAACUUUAUUUCCUGAUCACUGAAAUAAAUAGAGCUGGUGAAAAAGCACAUCGAGCCAGACUUAACAUACCCUUAGGAUUCUUACUCGUGUUGUGAUCUGCAGCACCUUUAUUGGUUGUGGAAUCUUAAUUCAUAUUUUGUUUUUUGUUCCCAGUCAAUGUGUAUUUAUUGUGCUACCAGUAAUUACAAGAAUAUAGUACAUUUGUUAUUGUGUAUGGACGGAUGGUUGGCCAAUUGGGCCAGAUCCUUUGCGGGAUGUUUCAUAAUGUGGCAUAAGUCCACUGGCUUCCAUUCUUAUCCAUUCACAACAUAAUCAGUAACUUGAUCGCUGAAUUGAAAUGCAGUAAUUUCUCUCUUUGCAAAAGGAAUGUGUUCUUGAGAAAAUGUUUUUCAGGGAAAUGUAGAAGUGAAACAGCUAAAUGAUAUGUAUUGAGGUAUUUCAGUAUGGUUCAUUCCAUGUAAGUACUGUUUGUUAUAGCAAAAAAUAGCUUUGUAAAUUGAAGACACUCACCCCUAAGAGUCAAUGGCAUUAGUGUGAGAAGUCAUAACUUGGAUGCCGGCAACUUGCAGCCGGUGAUUGCAGCUCCUGAUUUGUAAUGAGUCUCACUGUCCUUUUCUUGCACCGUAUGACACAAAAUUAUAACCUUGUGGAACAAAUUCCUAUCAUCUCUCCUGAGGUAAUUCAAGAAUUGUCAUGCAGCAUCUUUGAAACUGGUUGCGGCCAUCAGUGGUGAAGAUAGACUAAUGCUGGUAUUGCUUUGCACUUGGAACUAUCACGAUGUUUUUGCCGCCACUUUUAUACUUUUUUUUAUAAAGUGCAUCUGAAUUGUUAUGCCUUGAAAGGAAAUGUAAUUGGGGAAAGAACUGAAAUACCUUGAGGGUCUGUCGUGCAACAUUUGUGGAACAGCACGCAUGUGACUUGGCCUUUAAGGUUUUACAAUUACUUUUCAAUGUAAAUGGUUAUUGAGGGCUUUUCAUGUGAUUCUUUUUGUUAACAUUAAUUGCCAAAACAUUGCUGAACUGAGAUCUAUCAUUUAAUCUUUAUGAGCAAAAUGCUUUUAGCUGCGUACAGACCUAUCCACCGAGGGUGUUCAAUAACUCGAUUAAUACUUCUUCAUAAAUUGCACAGAUGCAUUGUGAAUCUUAGAUAGUUUUAUGUUAUGGUGUACAAAUGUUUUUUUUUUUAAAAAGGCUUUUGUACCUUAUUGGACCAAUAAUAAGAUGCUAAAUGAUGGAUUAGUUCAAAAUUGUUCAUUGAUUUUAUAAACCAGAUUAUAUAAAAAAUCAACUAACUAAGUGUACGAAUGCAAGAUUUGUGACCUAGAAGAUGAAUAACUUUCUAUAUUCCGUGGUUUGUCAAGCACUAGCUCUCUAAACUGUGUGUGUGUGUGUGCGUGUGUGUGUGUGUGUGGCUAUCGCAAACAUUGUUUGGGCCUCACUCAAUAGACUGCUGCUGUGGAUAUAUAAAAUCUUUUGGGGUGCAUAAAUUAGCUCUAAACUAAUUUUAGAUAAAACAUUCUCUUUAAAAAAAAAAAAAAAAAUGUUUGAUUUGAUAAUGGACAUCCCAAUGCAUUGUGGCUUCUGCUGUGUGAUUGUUCCAAUGUGUGACUGCUUGAUUUCUGUAUCUGACCUCAGUUGCCAGGAGAUAUGGCUUUACAAAUUGUACUGAUGGUCACUUGUUUAAUUUACUAGUGUCAUAGCGUCGAUACAUUGUAUUAAUGCAAACAGAAGGUAUACAAGAGUGGACAUGUCGUAAUUUAUAGUCUUAUGCUAAGGAGAAUAUAGUAAUAAAUGUAUAGAACCACAUGAUUUUAUUGAGAUAAACAUGUGAAGAGGUGUUGUCAAUUACAGACCUUUAUUUAUUCUGACAAUACCAAUUGUAAUUUGUCAAACUAUAUUCUGCACCGAAAAGUAUUAUUAAAACAAUUAAAACUUAUUCUGUUUCCUUCUUACUGUUGGGGAAUGGUACACUGCAGCCAUUCCUAGUUCCAAUGCAUAAAAAUCUUCCCUUCUCACAGUGGCUCCAAUUUUAAAAGGGCUGCUUCAGUUAUGGAAAAGAAACAUCCAUUGCAUUAGUUGCAUUUCCAUUUCCAGGCCAUUAAUCCUUCUCUUUCCUAAAUUAAACUAAUAACUGUGUUUUGCUCUGCAACUCGUAUCCAAGACGAACUUGCAAGUCUAUUUUAAACUAAUUUCACAGCCUCACUGUGUAGGAAGGAACUGCGGAUGCUAGUUUACGCCAAAGAUAGACACAAAAUGCUGGAGUAACCCACCGGGUCAGGCAGCAUCUCUGAAGAAAAAGAAUAGAUGACGUUUUGAGUCCGAACCCUUCUUCAAACCUGGUCCCGACCCGAAACGCAUCCUAUUCCUAUUCUUCAGAUAUCGCUGUUUAUCUUCACAGCAUCAUUUCUAAGCCAGAGAGAAUUUGUAAUCCAUGUUGCCUAAAAUGUUCCUCGACUCCCCCAGGCUCUUCCCGAGAGGUAUUAAGGAGAAUGAGUUGGGUAAUGCUGCAUUUCCUCCUCACUAAUUGGUGGCUUUGAACUGGAUGUGUUUGGGCUUUAACAUGGAAUGGAGACGUUGAGAAAGGAUUGACGGGAGGGUGGCAACAAAGAUGGAUGGGAGCAAAGCAUUGAAAGAGAAUGUAAUCAUUGUACAGGAUGGAGGUGCUUGGAUUGGGCUUGUGUGGAGGAAUUAAUAGCAAGUUUGAAAAUGCUGAAUCUAAGCUAAAGAAGCCAUUAAUGAUAAAAGCAGAAAAUGCUGGAGAAUCUCAGCAAGUCGUGCAGCAUCUGGGGAGAAAGGAAUGGUUAAACCUGCAGGCCGGCGACUCACUUGUCUGGUCUGACGGUAACUUUUUUUCCUUUCUUAAUCUGCAGAAUGUUUUCAGCUUGUUCCACUUUCUCCUCCAGAGUUCUAGGACCUGCAGUUGUUUGAAUGACACAUAUAAAAGCUGUUGUUGUUCGUGAGCAUUGAAUCCUGCAAGUUAUUUACAAUGGAGAUGCAAGGAACUGCAGAUGCUGAAAUCUUGCAUGCAUAAAAUGCUGGAGGAAAUCAGCGGGUCAGGCAGCAUCCAUGGAGGAUAUGGAUAGGAGACUUUUCAGGUUGUGACCCUUCAGAUGAGAUGAUUGAUUUGGGCGGGUGUGGAGAGCACAGGAAGGAUAUCAGAGCCGGUUGAAGUCUACUCUUUAGUUUAGUGUUGUUACAUCUUUGGUCCUCAUUAUGACCUAUUUAAAUUCUGAUGGGAGAAAACAUUACCUCAGUUUAUUCUCAUUUUAUUUAACUCUACACCAAAGUAUUGUGCAUUUAAUGAGGCGGAUCCUUUGCUAAAUGAUGUACAUAAUGUGCUGUUCUGGAGAAUGAAAUGUUCAAUUCCAUUGAAGAAACCACUCUGUUUCAGUGGGUCCCUGACCUCUAUUCCUCCCUCUGGUUCUACAUUUUCCUCCUCACCUUCCUUAGCAGAAUCCACCAUCCACAGCCCUUUGUUAUCUCCACUCACCUGCUGCCUUCGUGGGUAUCUCCACCCUUCUCCCUCAUCUGGCAUUCAAGCUCUCCUAACCUAGACCCCCUUGUCACUUGCCAACUCUUCCCCAUGCCUCCUCUCACUGCUUUCUACCAGCUAUUUCCUCUCUCCUCCAGUCACGAAGACUGGUCCCGACACAGAACAUUGUCUAUCCUUUUCCUUCCAUAGACUCUGCCUGACCAUCAGGGUUCCUUCAGCAGUUUGAUUUUUUUAAUUAGAUUUUAAGUAUCUUGAGUUUACUAGCACGAUUCAAUUUGAAGCGACUUUAAUAAUCGUACUUUAUUAGCCAAGUAUGUUUUGCACCAUAUACGAGGAAUUUGAUUUAGAUAUUAGCCGAUCUGAUAUGACCAUGUGUAGCAAGGAACUGCAGAUGCUGAUUACACUGAAGAUAGAUAAAAAAAGCUGGAGUAACUCAGAUAUGACUAUAAUUCCACUUUUUUUGUCUACUUUAACCCUUGAUUCACAUGCAGUCCAAAAGUCUCUCCAUCUUAGAAUGUACCAAAUUAAUGUAUGAAGUCUAAAGAGUCACAGUUCUUUAUGAUAUAAUACUCGUGGAAUCACAGAAUUGUUAUGGAACCGACAGUUCCAUAAUUGUUAUGGUCCUACUAGAGUGAUUUCAUCAGUCUGUUUUCUCCAUCCCAUUAACCUUGCAACUUAUUUUCAAGUGCCGAACAAACUCCCUUUUGCAAGUUCUGAUUCUUUUAACCAGCCCCACAGCCAGAGUUCCAUAUCACAACAUUUUUAACUGUUUUCCCUCACAUCCUCUUGCAUGUUUUCGGUCAAAGAUUUGACGGUAGGCCACUAGUCCAUGAAGCAUCCACUAAUGGGUAACUUAUCUAAAGAGAUCCACCACUAACAUAAGGUCAUAAGGGAAAGGAGUAGAAUUAGGCCAUUUGGCCCAUCAAGUCUACUCCGCCAUUCAAUCAUGGCUGAUCUACCUAACAUCAUUCUCCUGCCUUCUCCCUAUAACCUCUGACACCUGUACCAAUCAAGAAUCUGCCUUAAAAAUAUCCACUGACUUGGCAUCCGCAGCCUUCUGUGGCAAAAAAAAAUCACAGAUUUAUCACCCUCUGACUAAAGAAAUUCCUCCAUCUCCUUCCUAAAAGAACGUCCUUUAAUUCUGAGGCUAUGACCUCCCACUAGUGGAAGCAUCCUCUCCACAUCCACUCUAUCCAAGCCUUUCACUAUCCUGUAUGUUUCAAUGAGGUCUCCCCUCAUUCUUCUA